CAGGAAACAGAAGAAGAAUCCAAAGUUAUCACCGGAAGUGGGGGUUUUUUUUGGCUCACGCUGUUGUGGAAACCCGCAGUUCGCAGUCAAACACUAACGUUAGCUAUUUCCUCCUUGAGUCUGAAGAGAUGAAAAAACACGACACAGAAGUGUCCGCCACCCAGAGCAGUGAGGACGCCAUCCAGAGCAGUGAGGACGCCAUCCAGAGCAGUGAGGACGCCACCCAGAGCAGUGAGGACGCCACCCAGAGCAGUGAGGACGCCACCCAGAGCAGUGAGGACGCCCCUUCAGCCGAAGUGAUGGAGUCACUCGCAGCUGCAAAAGAAAGCUCGGAGAGCACCAGCCUCGAAGACUCCGAACCCCCGCCGCCGCCGCAGACAGACACGCCGCCGCAGACAGACACGCCGCCGCUGACAGACACGCCGCCGCAGACAGACACGCCGCCGCAGACAGACACGCCGCCGCAGACAGACACGCAGCCACAGACAGACACGCAGCCACAGACAGACACGCAGCCACAGACAGACACCCCGACGCCGCCGCUCACAGACACCCCGACGCGCACAGACACUCCGACGCAGACGGGGACGCCGACGCUCACAGACACGCCUCCACAAGGCGACGAGGCAGGAAGUGAAGUUGCAGAGGCAGCUCUUUCCCAAUGUGAAUUGGCCGAGGAGCUUAGCCGGCAGCUGGAGGACAUCCUCAGCACGUACUGUCGGCGAACCCGCUCGGACGACGCCAGCCCCGUCCCCAACGGCCAGUCGCACAGCCCCGAGCUCAACGGCCUCAGCAGCGAGAGGGGGGGCGGCAAGACGCAAGGCAAAGCACACGGAGGUGGCAGCGGGGGGCAGAAGAAGACUCACGAUAAGAAGAAAGUGAAGGGUCUGGGCAAAGAGAUUACUCUUCUCAUGCAGACGCUGAACACACUGAGCACUCCAGAGGAAAAGCUUGGAGGCCUUUGUAAGAAGUAUGCCGAACUGCUGGAGGAGCACCGUAACACCCAGAAGCAGAUGCGAGUGCUGCAGAAGAAGCAGGACCAGGUGGUCCAGGAGAAAGACAACCUGAGGAACGAGCACAGCAAGGCCGUGCUGGCUCGCAGCAAGCUGGAGAGUCUGUGCCGGGAGCUGCAGAGACACAACCGCACACUGAAGGAGGAGGGAAUGCAAAGAACGCGUCUGGAGGAGGAGAAAAGGAAGGAGGUGACCUCCCACUUCCAGGUGACGCUGAACGACAUCCAGGCUCAGAUGGAGCAGCACAACGAGAGGAACGCCAGCCUGCGGCAGGAGAACUCCGAGCUGGCCGAGAAACUGAAGAAGCUGUAUGAACAGUACAAACUACGGGAGGAGCACAUCGACAAGGUGGUGAAGCACAAAGACCUGCAGCAGCAGCUGGUGGACGCCAAGCUGCAGCAGGCGCAGGAGCUGCUGAAGGAGUCCGAGGAACGCCACGACAGAGAGAAGCACUUUUUGCUGAAAGAAGCAGUGGAGUCUCAGAGGAUGUGUGAGCUGAUGAAGCAGCAGGAGGUCCACCUCAAACAGCAGCUCUCACUGUACACAGAGAAGUUUGAGGAGUUCCAGACCACCCUGUCGAAGAGCAACGAGGUCUUCACCACGUUCAAACAGGAGAUGGAGAAGAUGACUAAAAAGAUCAAGAAGCUGGAGAAGGAGACGGCCAUGUACCGGUCCAGGUGGGAGAGCAGCAACAAGGCUCUGCUGGAGAUGUCAGAAGAGAAGUCCGUGCGGGACCACGACUUCGAGGCGCUGCAGGGGAAGGUCCAGCGGCUGGAGAAGCUGCGACGGGCCCUGAAGGUCGAACGCAACGAGCUCAACAAGAAGGUGCAGAACCUCAGCGGGCAGGACGCCGUCCCGGCGGGGGGCCCCGACUCCCCCUCCCCGCCGCCCACGGACCCUCACCCCGACCCCGACUCCGCCCCCUGCUCCAAGUCCUGCCACUGUGACCCACAACUGGACACCGACGGCGUGCUAGAGGAGGCGAGGGCGCCGCUCGUCAGAUAGAGAGGUUAACCGGUGUCCUCCCAGCAUGCACUGCAGGCGCCAAAACAGGUGAUGGGAAGAUCGAGGCCCGCCUGUCGGUACAUUCACAUGCACACCAGACACCGUCACGCUGCCUCACACAUCAAGCAGGCGAAGCGUGAGUGAGUGAGUGAGGGAGUGUGUGUGUGUACGUGUGUGUACGUGUGCGUGCGUGCGUGUGUGUGUGUGUGUGUGUGUGUGUGUGUGUGUAUUGAAAGCCACUCCUAGUAAAGGUUUUUCAGGUGAAGUCUUAACGGGAUGUGAAGACCGAUUCUUAGUCACAUAGAAAUAUUAUAGAAUGCUACAAAAGUUGUUUGUCGCACUGAAAGAUUCCUCCUCUGGUUUCAGCGUUUUCAUCUUCUUUCUUGUGGACCAUUUUAGGGAAAUGGUUCUUUUUUUUUCUUCUUGUUAGCGUCUCGCUGCUUCUUUUGAGCAGUUUUCCUGUUCUGUAUUUAUUGUUUGAAUUAUAAUCUCUGAUAUUGAAAUAUAUGUAUCGUACGGAGCACCACUAUAAGAUCAUUCCCUAUUUUACACAUUUAAAAGGACGUUUGUUUUUAUGACUUUUCAUUCCUAACCUCCCUGAGUUCAGAUGUUGUUUGCUACGUUAUAUUUGACAUGUUUUUGAGUCUGCUUAAAACCUUCUAAUGACGACCACUUGAAACUCGUUGUGUGCGUGUGUGUGAUUGUGUGUGUGUGUGUGUGGGGUUCACACAGCUACGGUUGUCUCCCCCUCUUUGCAGUAGCUUGUAAUCAGGUUUUAACGAGAGAAUAUUCAACGACUUCUAUGCAACGCUUGCUUCUUGUUUUGUUUUGUGUGGCGGUCUCAACUGACGAGCACUUGGGGAGACAACGAAUAAACAUUCUCAGCCAUCGUGCAUGGACGCAUUGUGUAAACCGACCACAUGUCUGGCAGCAGAACUUAAUUUUUGCUUCGCUGUGAACCUUAUUACUUUCCUCUGGAUAAUUGUCUGACGUCGAGUCUAAGGUGCAUCUUUCUGGUUCUCUUACAAGGUGCAGCGACGGAUAUAAACUGAAUGCAGGGAGUUUGACUCCCUUCAGUCCUUCUUAUGUACAACUUAAUAUGUAGCAUUGGCAGACAAUAUUUCUUCCGUUGUCCCACAGGACAGAAUCAUUGUUCCUCUGGUCCCGUGGGCAGAUGUCAAGGCUCGUUGAGAAGGAACCAAAGAUGUCUCCUCUUUUGUCUUUUGCAGUACUUUUAUCUGGCCCUGUAUUUUUUUGUUUCCUGUUAAAUAAAAGUUGUAAAAUAUGUA